UUUUAAAAGGAAAACUAAACAAUUUUGAAGAAAAGUUAAGGAAAAAUAAGAAUGAUCCACAAUAAUAAGGGGCUAAUAAGUCGCGCAGAAAAUGCGAAAACUUUCAACGCAAUAAAUACUAUAAGCAAUAAGACUUCUCUUACAAUGUCUAAUAUUAAUUAAUAAAAAUAAAAGGAAAUUAUUAGAAAGGUUUUGUUUGUGUCAGAAAAAUGUCAAAUUUACGUAGUGUAAUAUUCUACGACUUGUGCCGCGUUUGUACAUCAAGCUCUGAUCAGAGAAUUGACAUCUUUUCGGCGGAGGGAAAAAGUAAAAAUUUAUGCAAUAAAAUUGCUGAAUGCUUGCCAAUCAAUGUUGAUGAGAAGGAUCGUUUACCUAAAGUAUUAUGUCCUCAAUGCGCUCAACAUGUGGAAACAUUUAUCGAAUUUCGAAAUAUUUGUCGAAACUCACAAACCAAGUUAACUAGCUGGCUCAAUGCGGCAACAGGACAGAAUUUUAGUGAAAAACUGGCAGCUAAAAAUGAAAAUAAUAAUAAGAAUCAAAGUUCCGCAGAAGAAACGACCCCAUCGAUCAAUACUAUUAGCAUCAGUACGCCAAAUGUUGUCCAACAGCAGCAACCUGUAAUUACCAUACAAAACUCAAAUCAAAAUAUAAAUUCUUCAAUGGUGCCGAUAUCUAUAACAGCGUCUGCUCCUAAUGGCCAAUUGCAAGUUAAUAAUGAAUUUUUGAAUUCGAUCAUGCAAGUUGUGGGAAUGCAGGUUGAAAAGCCAGUAAUUUCUCAAUGUUCAGUAACAGUUGAUAACGUUGCAAGUCAAUCUCAACAACAAGAGCAACCGCAAUUGCAGCAACAGUGCUUAAAUAAUAAGGAAAAAGAAUUAAAAAACAGUUCCUUAGAGGAAUUUCUGAAAAUGAAACCCAACCUUAAAGUCACGCCAUUAUCAAAAAAACAGCAACAGCAACAACAACAACAAGAACAGUUUCAAAUUCAGCAUCUACAGCAGCAAUUGCAGCAACAGUUGCAGCAGCAAAUACAACAGCAACAACUGCAGCAACAAUUGCAAUUAUUAACAUCUCAAUUACAGCCGCAACAAAUUACAAUUACGGCACCUGCAACUGCCUUAGCACCCAUUGCUAACACUACAAAUGCUCUGUUGCAGAAUAACAUGGCUGACAAUAGCUCGAGUACAGCCGUAACAAACAUCUGCAAUGCCAAUGAUAUGAACGAACUAAGUCCGACAAAAAAUAAAAAACCAAAAUUAAAUUUGAUAUUUACACCACCGCAUGGUACGCAGACUAUAUCCGCUACGUUGCCUCAACUGGCGACUGCGCAGACCUCUUCGGGGACGACAGGACCUCAAAUACAAUUGCAAUUGCAGCCAACAUUAACUCAACACGCGUUGACAACAUCAAACCAACCACAUCAUCAACAGCAACAGCAACAGCAGGUAAAUGCGACCGCAGCAGCAUUAUUAUCGAAUUUAGCACCUCUACUGCAGCCUCAAACACAAACACAAGCUCUUAGUGCGGUACUUCAAAGUCCAGCUUUAACUAGUGCGUCUACAACAAGUUCAACGAUAUUUUCGCCCAAUAAGUGUUUUCUACCUAUUACCAUAAAAGACGAGAAUACUGAUCAACAAUUUGUGGCCCACAUUGAUGCUAAAAAUUUCCUUUUACCUACUACCUAUCAAUUACAAAUGAAGUUGCAACCGCAAAUAGCCACCGCUGAUGGUCAACCAAUAAUGCAAUUAGCUCCCACCUCUAUACCAGCUACAUUGCAACUAACACCACAAACAUUAACGUCAGCACCAACAUUUCAAGCUGCCACUGUAACUACUCUGAAUCAAAACCAUACCAUACCCACACAGAUAAACCAACCACAGCAACAACAACAGCAACAAAUUCAAAUUCAAACUACACCGUCGAUAGGACCGACGCGAGUUGUCCAACAGUUAGCUCAACAACAACAACAGCAUCAAAUCACCCAACAACCACAAUCACAACAACAAUCAACAUCACUACCAUUAUCUACGUCGACAUCACAACCUCAGCCAAAACAACAACAACAACAACAACAACAACAGCAAUAUCAAAUCAAACAGCCAGCCAAAUUAUCUAAGAAUGUACAAAUUACAGCUCAACAAAUCGUAAACGCUGGCAAUAAUACUAAUUUUACUAAUGAAAAUGAAGUGGAUGCGACUAAGUCAAUUUCAACAACGCCGGAAAAGAAAGAAAAUCUCUCGAAUUCUUUUACAGUUUUAAAACGGCAAAAAUAUAAAAUUAUACAGCAACCUGGUAGCAAUACUAUCGAAAUACAACCGACUAAUGAAUUUUCGCAACAAAUUCUGUCACAAGUGCAACAAAAACAGCAACAGAAAUUAAAAUCGCAACAACAACAACAACAGCAGCAGCAGCAACAGCAGCAACAACAAUCGCAACAGCAAAAUAUUGCUACUCUAUCAACCCAACAUGGCGGCAUAACUGUGCAGCGCAUACCACCAAAAACGGUCGUAAGUGAUGAACCACAAGUUACGAACGUAGCAAAAUUGACGUCGCAACAACAACAACAACAACAGGGAAACACGAAUUCAAGAAAAUUGCCCAUUUUAAAUAAACAAAAUAUCACGAUCAGUCGCAUCAGUGCUCAAACGGCUCAGCCAAUGCAUAAUAAAACAUUACAAGAACAAUCUGCAAGCAAAGCUCAAAUUACUCAAAUCCAAACGAACACAUUCGCGACAUUGCAAACAUCGGCCAACAGUACAACGUCAGCAAGUUCUAGCCAAGAAUUUAAUACAAAAUUCUAUCCCUUACAAAUAACGCAACCUACAUCGUCUCCUAAUGAACAACCCACUGCAUCAAAUGUUCAUCAAUCGACGACAACACUAAGAAUCUCUCCAACUAAAAAAGUGAUUAUUAAGAAGACGCAAAAAUCUGAAAUAUCAUCAACUAUGCCGCAUAAGACGCAGCCCGAGGCGGCAGUUGACGCAAAUCCUGCUUCGACACCUGCGUCAGCCAAAUAUGUGAUAAAAAAUAUCACACCUACGACAACAACACCAACCAGUACUAAUCAAAUUAAAUUAGUUGGAACGACGACCACAACAACGCCUUCAGCAACAAACUCAACUACCAGUUCAACAACAACAACCGCGACUAAAACUACAUCGCAAUCUGUUUCGGCCCAAAAUUCGAAUAGUUUAGAAUGCCCGACUUGUCAUCGCGCUUUUAAGAAGAAGGAACAUUUAACCCAGCAUUUCAAGUUACACGCAGGCGUACGUCCAUUUAAAUGUACAGAAACGGGAUGUAAUAAAGCGUUCAGUCGCAAAGAGCAUUUACAUCGCCAUUUGAUCUCGCAUACGGGCAAGAAAAUGUUUAGCUGUGAUUUAUGUCAAAAACCAUUUUCACGCAAAGACAAUCUCAGUAAGCAUAGAAAAACUCAUUAUGAUAAUGCGAUUUCAAUCAAAUAUUGCUGUGAAAUAUGUAAUAAAUCGUUUGCAUCUAAAUCGUAUUACGAGCAACACAAACAACAUCAUCAAAAAGCGAAUACUGAAGCAGAGAAUAAAAAAUUAACUACAACGUCGUCAGCAAAUGGAUCUGGAAAUCAAAACGUAAUCAAUCAAAAUGAUUAUCAAGGACAACAAACGCAACCAACAGUACAGCAGCAGCAGCAACAGCAACAGCCGCAGCCGCAGCAACAACAGCCUCAACAACAGCAACAGCCACAACCACAGCCACAACAACAGCAGCAAACUCAUAUUCAAUUAUUACCUCAACAAUUGCAUACGCAAUUACCACAACAACCGCAAAUAAUGCACUUGCAAUUGCCGACAACAAUAGUGACCAGUCAAGAUAUGACGGGCAAUACAAUUACCAUAACGCAAGCCACUGAUUCGAAUAAUGUUACACUUAAAGCACUAACCGGUAAUCAUCAUGAUACGACUGUCCUAAAUCUGCCUACAUCGUUGGCGAAUUUCGUGCAGCAAGCACAGUUUGUAAAUACGGCCACGGGACAGAUAGUGGGACACUUAAAAAUUGAAAAAUGAAUAUAAGAGAAACACAAGACAACAAAGAGAGAGAGAGAAAGAUAUUUUUUUUGUAAAAAAUUUAGUGCAAAAUAUGUACUUCUAUAGGCAGUCAAGUUACUGCGUAUGUAGUUUUUUAGAUUUUUUUUUUUUUUAUUUUAAAAAUUAUUUAUUAUUGUUAAUAUUGUAAUACUUUUUAGAGACUGUAAAUUAAUAGAUAUACUAAAGACGGUAUAGUCGACAGCGUAUCCUGUCGUAUUGUUUGCUUUCUCACAAUGAUGGCUUGAUAAGGGCUAAGGCAUACGUUGCCGACUAAUUCAGUCUUAUGUGUGUAUGUAUAUAGUUUUAAUAGUGUAAAUAUUGAUACUGAAUAAGUAAAAAAUCAAUUUUUAUUUUUAAACGUCAUUUUUUUAGAUAUUGAUUUUUAAAAUAAUUUAUUUGCAUGUUUAUAAUCCCGUUUAUACAAUUUACAAAAGUUCAGAUGACUUGAAAAAAAAAAAUUUAUUUUAUUUAUAAAAUUUAUU